AAUUAUUUUCCUUUUCUUUUCAGUUUGUUUGACAUGGGAGGAGAAUAUUACUGCUAUGCUUCUGACAUUACCUGCACUUUUCCAGCAAAUGGAAAGUUCACUUCUGACCAGAGGGCCAUCUAUGAAGCAGUACUUAAGUCAUCUCGGGCUGUAUUGAAGGCCAUCAAGCCAGGGGUCGCCUGGCCUGAUAUGCACCGUCUGGCAGACAGAGUCCAUCUGGAGGAGCUGACUGAAAUUGGCAUCCUGAAAGGCAAUGUCGAUGACAUGGUGAAGGUUCAUCUGGGUGCAAUAUUUAUGCCACAUGGACUUGGACAUCUACUUGGAAUUGAUGUGCAUGAUGUUGGAGGCUACCCAAAGGGAGUUGAACGCAUUGAACUGCCAGGUCUCAAAAGUUUGAGAACUGCUCGUGUUCUUAAGGAAGGCAUGGUGCUAACCGUUGAACCAGGCAUUUAUUUCAUUGACCACUUAUUGGACCAAGCACUCAAUGAUCCUUCACAGUCUUGUUUCAUCAAUAAUGAAGUCCUGCAGCGUUUCCAAAGAUUUGGUGGGGUACGAAUUGAGGAUGACAUUGCAGUGACAGCCAAUGGAAUGGAGCUGCUAACGUGUGUCCCACGUACUGUGGAGGAAGUAGAGGCUUUUAUGGCAGAAGCCCAAAGCAGCACCAAGUCAUUUGACUCCUUGACCAGUCAAAAGUAGUAAAGUCCACAGUGGUUGCUGCCUUUCUCUAACCAGCCAUCAUUCUGAUUUUCCACUACUGCUUAUAUAAUGAAAUAAAAUGUAUCCAAUUCUACAAAGCAAAUUGAAUCAGACAAAUCAUUAGGCUGGAAUGAUUACUUUGUUAGAAAUGAAGUUAAACAGAUUCAGCACUAUCCAUUCAGGUAGUUUUCAGUCUUUAUGCUUGCAAUUAAUCUAUAUGACUAAGUGCCAACUGAAAAAUACUACAGUAUGAACUGGUGAAAUUAUAAAGCUUUAAAAUCUCUGCUUAUCUGUAUCUUACCUUUUUCCGAUCAGAUCUGCAUUUUGAUACCAGUGAUUUUUCUAAAGUAACAGAUAUAUUAUCUGAAUGUUGUCUGUAAUCAUAAGAAAAUUAUUUGAAGUCCUAUUUUGGAAAUUUAUAACACAAAGUGUUUUUUGUUAAUUGGGAAUGGCUGAAAAAAUGCCACGCCUGUAUUUUUCUUGAUAUUGAUGGAGUGGCCAGAAUUACAUACAUAUCUAAUAAAAAUACUCCCUGAAAAUUGUUCAUAA